AUGUUAAAAUUUCGUCACGGAAUUUCACUCCGGCAACAACGUCAUCUGGCGGUGCCGUCUUGUCGUUUAGGUGUUAUGCGUCGAUUUUUGAUUUGGCCGUCUGAAAUGGUAUGGCCCGGUAAUUUGCCUUAUAUUGCAAUUCUGCGAACACUUCAUGAAUCUGAGCAGCCAUUGAGUCAUCGAUGGUGUCAUUUAACACGUUUAAAUUUUUUCAUUUUAUUUUCUACUUGUCAAAUGAUCUAUUAUUGGUUACCUGGAUACAUUAUGCCUGUGUUAACAGCCUUUUCAUGGUUAUGUAUGAUUAAAUCCGAUAAUAUUUUACUUUCACAAUUAACUGGUUACAAUGGUUUUGGCAUUGGUUCAUUACAAUUUGAUUGGUAUACACUAACAUCACAAUUAUCAUCACCAAUUGUCGUUCCUCGAUGGGCACAAAUAAAUAUUCUUGUUGGUUUUAUACUCAUUGUAUGGUUAUUUAUACCAAUUAUUUACUAUUCAAAUCUAUGGAAUUUAAAACUAUUGCCAAUAUCAAAUAACUAUUUUUACACUCCAAAUGGAGAUUAUUAUCAGAUUGAUGUAAAUGGGACUACUACAAAUGAACAGAUUCGAGGCACUGUAAUCUAUGUAGUUGGCUAUCAUCUAUUAUUUGCAUCAUUUAUAGCACUUUUUAUUCAUACAUUUAUUUAUCAUGGUAAAGAUAUUAUUAAACAAUUUCAUACAUCGUUAAAAAAUCGUCAAAAUGAUGUUCAUUGUCAACUGAUGUCAUAUUAUCGUGAAGCACCCGAAUGGUACUAUUUAAUCGUCUUCAUCUGUUCAUUUAUAACAGCCGCCAUUGUUUGUCAUUAUGGUGAUCUUAUGCCAUGGUAUUACUUAUUUAUAGCUAUGUCCAUUGCUUUUGUAUGUCUACUACCAGUCGGUAUUGUACUAGCAAUAAGUAAUUUGACCAUAAACAACGUUAAUAUUGUUACUCUAAUAGGUGGCUUGUUAAUGCCGAGUAAUCCAAUUGGUAAUCUAACAUUUACUGCAUUUGCAUCUGGAACAUUUUCUCAAGCAUUAAUAUUAUUAUUUAAUUUUAAAUUUGGACAUUAUAUGAAAAUUUCACCGUUCACUAUAUUUAUCAUUCAAUUAGUAGUAACAAUUGUAUCAACAAUUAUCCAAUAUGCAAUGACAAAUCAUUUAUUAAACACAAUCGUUGAUAUAUGUGUUAAUAAUGCAGAUUGGAUGUGUAAAAAUUUAGACACAACGCCUAUUUUAUUUGCAUUAAUAGAUCCACGAAAAAUGUUUGGUAAAGAUACGAUAUAUGCGUAUAUGCUUUGGUUUCUGGCAAUCGGAGCUAUAUUACCUAUUUUCUUUUGGCUAUUAAAUAAACUUUAUCCGAACAGUAAAUGGUUAAAUUAUGUUCAUAUACCAAUCAUGUUUUCUCAACUAUUUUUAAUUAUUUAUAUACCAAUCGGUUUAUUUCCAUCAUGGUUUAUAGUCGGUUUUCUAUUUCAUACUAUUAUUCGUCGAUGGUGGUUCAAUCGUUAUGCUUUGUUAUUUUCAAUUGCAAUGGAUACUGGAGUUCAAAUUAGUCUGUUUUUUCUAUUUUUCAUUUUGAUAAAUCGAAACGUACAAUUUCCACAAUGGUGGGGAAAUAACAAUGAUUUUUGCCCGUUUUCAUAUGCAAAUUUUUAUGGAAAAUUUUAA